AUCUUCCCUUCUUUAAUUAAUCUCAAUCUGCUCUCCUCUCCCAAUCUAAUCUCCGCAUCCUUUGGCACACCAUAUAAAUAAUCAGACCCUUCUCUUCCCAGUCCCCCACCAUCAAAUCUCGUCACCCGUUUGUCAUUUCUCCUUUUCGCUUUUCUUCUGUUCGAUUGUCAGCGCCAGUAACAGACUUCCCUGAUUUUUGCGUGUUGAUCCAUCCUUUCUGAUCUGGGUCCAUUUUUCUCUUCGUUCCAGCAUCUGGGUAGUCGUCCGAUUUUGAUAUUAGGAAGAAAAAAACUAAGCAGAGCCAUGAAUGCUCUUGCGGCCACCAACCGUAAUUUCAGAGCUGCAGCCAGGAUUCUUGGUUUGGACUCCAAGGUGGAGAAGAGUCUUCUGAUCCCCUUCAGGGAGAUCAAGGUGGAGUGCACAAUCCCGAAAGAUGAUGGGACUCUGGUGUCCUACAUUGGCUUCAGAGUGCAACAUGACAAUUCUAGAGGACCCAUGAAGGGAGGAAUCCGAUAUCAUCCUGAGGUCGACCCAGAUGAGGUAAAUGCAUUGGCUCAAUUGAUGACAUGGAAGAGCGCUGUGGCAGAUAUUCCAUAUGGUGGAGCGAAAGGAGGGAUAGGAUGCACUCCGAGGGAUUUGAGCACGAGCGAGUUGGAGCGUCUAACUCGUGUCUUCACUCAGAAGAUUCAUGAUCUAAUUGGCACCCAUACAGAUGUUCCAGCUCCAGACAUGGGGACUAAUUCUCAGACCAUGGCGUGGAUAUUGGAUGAAUACUCCAAGUUCCAUGGUCAUUCCCCAGCGGUUGUCACAGGAAAGCCCAUUGAUCUUGGUGGAUCGCUAGGUAGGGAGGCUGCAACAGGUCGUGGGGUCGUUUUUGCUACAGAAGCUUUGCUGGCUGAAUAUGGGAAGUCCAUUGAGGGUCUGACUUUUGCGAUUCAGGGUUUUGGAAAUGUGGGAUCAUGGGCAGCAAAGAUCUUCCAUGAGAAAGGUGGAAAGGUUAUAGCAGUGAGUGACAUUACUGGUGCAGUAAAGAAUCCAAAUGGAAUCGACAUACCUGCAUUGAUCGCGUUCAAGGAAUCCACUGGUAGUUUGUACAACUUCCCUGGUGGAGAGUCUAUGAACCCUAAUGAACUUCUGGUGCAUGAGUGCGAUGUCCUUGUCCCUUGCGCCUUGGGAGGAGUCUUGAACAAAGAAAAUGCUACUCAUGUAAAAGCCAAAUACAUUAUAGAGGCAGCAAACCAUCCUACUGACCCAGAAGCAGAUGAGAUUCUAUCCAAGAAAGGAGUGAUUAUACUUCCUGAUAUCUAUGCAAAUUCUGGAGGUGUUACUGUGAGUUACUUUGAGUGGGUUCAGAACAUUCAAGGGUUUAUGUGGGAAGAAGAACAGGUGAACAAGGAACUCAAGAAAUACAUGACUAAAGCCUUCAAGAACAUCAAGGGCAUGUGCCAGACACACGAGUGCAAUCUUCGGAUGGGGGCGUUUACUCUCGGGUUGAACCGGGUUGCUCGAGCCACCCUGUUAAGAGGAUGGGAAGCAUGAUUGCAGUCCAAGCUUCUGAUUACAUUUAGUCAGAAGCCAUUGUUAAACAAGUCCCCAUUCCUUUGUCUCCUGAGAAUGUGGUGUCUAGUGGUUGAAUCAUGUGGAUUUAUAUUUCAAGCAGCUAGCUAUUAAGGUUCAUAGUGCAGUUAAACACCUUCCAAGUAGACUCUUUCAAUAAGCAUUAUUGUCACCCUGGAAGUUAUUCAAUGAGUGAUUCAAAUCAAUGCCAGAUGAUUUUGCUUUAACUGGUGAGCUUUGUUGACUUUUUUUUGAACAUUACAAUAUGGGGAAAAAAAGCUUAUAGCCCAUACUGUUUUACUGACAGAAAUUGCAGGUGCAAAAGAUAAGUUUCUUUAUCUUGCACAGCAUGGGGGCUUGUGUUCACUAACCGAUUCCCCCUAUCCUCUCCCACCAGUCCUCACUACCAAAAGACCAAACAGUAGUAAUCCAAACAAGAGAAAAAGGAACCUUGGUAAAAUUCCAUGGCUUCCAUUGCAAUAUCUGCAUCUAUACAAAGCGCUUGCUGCUGCUGCAGCUCGUAUCAUGCUACAAAGAAGCAACAACCUCCAGCUGCCCACGCCAGACCAAAAACACGGUCUUUGGCUUCAAAACAAGUUACCCAUGUUACCACUGUAACAGUUGAUGGUCAAAAGGGUUCAAGUCCAGCAGCCAUGGCUGCACAGCCUGCUUCCCACAUUGUGGUGCCAAAGGUUGACAACGACGACACUGGCAAAGAUGCAGAGGAGCAUGGGUCAGAAGCGAAAGCAGAAUCCGGUGGCAUGAAAUUCGUGGAUGAACGGUGGAAGAAGGGAACCUGGGAUCUCAACAUGUUCGUUGCAGAUGGGAAAAUGGAUUGGGAUUGUCUGAUCACUGCUGGUGAGCCAUUUCUACUAUUCUGUACUGUUGAGUUCAUCUUAUGCAGUCUAUGAUUGUCAAUUUUCAUCUUGCAGAGGCUAAAAGAAGAAAGCACCUGGAAUUAUUUCCUGAAGCAACAAGGAACGAAGAACCCGUGGUCUUCAGGAGCUCAAUCAUUCCAUGGUGGGCUUGGCUGAAGAGAUCGUAUCUCCCUGAAGCAGAGCUGCUGAAUGGACGAGCGGCAAUGAUAGGGUUCUUCACGGCGUACGCGGUGGACGGUCUGACCGGGAUGGGUCUGGUUGGUCAGACCGGGAACUGGGUCUGUAAAACGGGGCUGUUGGUGACGAUUGUCGGGGUAAUUUUGCUGAGGCGGAGUGGAGAUUUGGAGAAGCUGAGGAAACUGGCGGAUGAGGCCACGUUUUACGACAAGCAGUGGCGGGCGUCCUGGGAACAAGAAGAAGAGAAGAUCUAGACUCGGCAGUCUGAGUCGCGGGUUCUCAGCAAGAUCCGGAGCUGAUGCAAGAAAACGGUG